CUCCGCAUUAUCUUACACAUGAACGAGAAUUGUGAGAUGUCGAAACCAACGUUUCCGCAGCUCAGCUUGGGGACUCCACCUCUAGAUCCGGUAGAUGUUCCCCUUUAUCCGGAAUUCAAGGUCACUGCGGACGUUCCGUGGAUAGACGAAGACCAACGCAAGAUGCUGGUCCUGUUGGAAAAGGGACCUCUUGGCUUGGUUGGCGAGUUGCUCGAGAGGCACGCCGAGCAGAGCUCCGCGAAAGGGGAUUGGGACGCUAAGACGACGAGGAAGAUGCUCAAGGAGAAGGACAUGAUGAAGGCGCUACUGCAUAGCGUCCCCAGAAUCCUCCUCCGAGGCUUCGUGAUGGGUAUCUUGGGAUGGCAAGCGAACUUGCCCAAAGAUCACCCUCUCGCGUUGCCUUGGCCCAUCUGGAGGCUUGACGGACCUGGGACGUACAUCUCAACGAUGGGUAUCUCAGGCCGGAACGGCAAGGGUCCGUCAGCCAACGAGUACAAGAAGCUAGUCGAGAUGAUAGAAUCGUAUAUCCAAGCGUUCCGGAUACAGGAGAGUAUCCCGGAGCACCAGCGGAACCUCGCAAAGGUUAACCUGGUUAGCUCUGCGUAACGGAUCGACGAGGUCUACGCUAGCAAGUUUGCCAAAGACGGCAAGCUCGCCUUCGUAAAUUCAGAGCUCCAAGUGAAGAAGCUCGAGUGCCUAAUGAAGAUAUUCAAGACCUAUG